AUGGCUCCCGCUCUUGUUGAGACGCCUACGAACGGUGAGAAGGUGUCUCUAGCCGAGCUAACACAAGACUACGACGAUACCCUCCGAUUCUACCUCAAUGGCACCAAGGUCGAGCUUGAUUCGAUCGAUCCUGAAAUUACCCUUCUCGAGUACCUAAGAGGCAUUGGCCUGACCGGCACAAAGCUAGGCUGCGCAGAAGGAGGAUGCGGCGCAUGUACAGUGGUCAUAUCGCAACUGAAUCCUACCACAGGCAAGAUAUACCAUGCUUCAGUAAAUGCCUGCUUGGCACCCCUGGUUAGUGUGGACGGUAAGCACGUUAUUACAGUCGAGGGUAUUGGCAACAGCCAACGACCUCACCCUGCUCAGCAAAGAAUAGCAUUGGCCAGUGGCUCACAGUGUGGGUUUUGUACACCUGGUAUUGUGAUGAGUUUGUAUGCUUUGUUGCGAAAUUAUGAAGAACCGAGCGAGCAUGAUGUUGAGGAAGCUUUUGAUGGCAACUUGUGUCGAUGUACAGGGUAUCGACCGAUCCUUGAUGCAGCACAGAGUUUCAACAAAGCAUGUGGCAAGUCCCUGGCUAACGGUGGCUCGGGCUGCUGCAUGGAAAACGGCGGUUCUUGUGGUGGCAGUAAUGGAACAGGCGAUGCGAACGCCGUGUACAGCGCAGAUGAGAAGAAGUUCAAAACUCCGGACUUCAUUCAUUACGACAAGAGCACCGAGCUGAUCUAUCCUCCCGGUCUGCAUAAAUACCAAUUCAGGCCCGUGGCUUUUGGUAACAAGCGAAAGAAGUGGUAUAGACCUGUAACUGUACAACAAUUGCUGGAGAUAAAGAAUGCCUUUCCACAAGCCAAGCUCAUCGGAGGCAGCACAGAGACGCAGAUCGAGAUUAGGUUCAAAGCCAUGUCAUACAAUGCUUCUGUAUACGUGGGGGAUAUAGCCGAGCUACGACAAUACAAGAUGGAGCCAGAAUAUGCCGAGAUUGGAGGUAAUGUCGCCUUGACUGACCUCGAAAAGAUCUGUGAUGAGGCCGUCGAGCAUUAUGGCGAUGCUAAAGCGCAACCGUUCAAAGCGAUAAAGAAGGCGAUCCGAUAUUUCGCUGGUCGACAGAUCCGAAAUGUCGGUACACCGGCAGGAAAUCUAGCUACAGCCUCGCCUAUCUCAGAUCUCAACCCUGUAUUCGUUUCGACCAACUGUACGCUCAUCGCGAAGUCGCUUGGAAAGACAAUUGAGCUUCCGAUGAACACCUUCUUCAAGAGCUAUCGAGUCACAUCUCUGCCCGAAAACGCCAUUAUUGCUGCUAUUCGUGUUCCUGUAGCUGCUGAAAAGGGAGAAUAUGUUCGCACAUACAAGCAGGCGAAGCGAAAGGACGACGAUAUCGCUAUCGUGAACGCAUGCUUGAGUGUCAAACUCGACGAUCAGAAUGUCGUUCAAGCUGCAAAUUUGGUAUAUGGUGGCAUGGCUCCUAUCACCAUUUUGGCAAAGAAUGCUUCAAACUUUCUAGUCGGCAAAAGCUUCCCGGAACAAGAUACUUUGGAGGGUGUCAUGAAUGCUUUGGAGCAGGACUUCAAUCUCCCAUUUGGUGUACCUGGUGGCAUGGCAACUUUCCGCAAAACUCUUGCCUUGAGCUUCUUCUACAAAUUCUUCAAUGAUGUCCUGGUGAAUAUUGCUGCCGGCGAGAAAAUACUGGAUAGGGAAGCAAUUCCAGAGCUUGAGCGAGGUAUAUCCAAAGGCAAGAAGGAUCAUGAUGCUUCUAUUGGUUACUCACAAAAAAUUCUUGGGAAGGCAAAUCCACACAUGGCUGCGCUGAAGCAGUGUACGGGCGAGGCACAGUAUACCGAUGACAUACCUGUUCAGAAGAAUGAGCUGUACGGAUCUUUGGUGUUGUCAACAAAGGCUCAUGCGAAGCUGCUCAAGGUCGAUGCUUCUCCGGCCCUGGACAUGCCUGGUGUGGCUGCUUGGAUUGAUCGCCAUGAUGUUGCAAGUCCACAGGCAAACUGGUGGGGAGCGCCAGUAUGUGACGAAGUCUUCUUCGCCGAGGACGAGGUUUUCACCGCUGGUCAACCCAUCGGUAUGGUCCUGGCCGAUACUCCUCAGCGAGCACUUGCCGGCGCACGAGCUGUACGUGUGACGUAUGAGGAAUUGCCAGCCAUUUUCACGAUCGAGGAAGCAGUUGAGAAGCAGAGCUUCUUCAAUCACUAUCGAUAUAUUCAUAAGGGCGAUGUAGAGAAGGCAUUUGCUGAGUGUGACCAUGUGUUCCAGGGUACUGCGCGGAUGGGUGGCCAAGAGCAUUUCUACCUUGAGACCAACGCUGCUAUUGCCAUUCCCAAACCUGAAGAUGGUGAACUGGAAAUCUGGUCUAGCACUCAGAAUCCAACAGAAACGCAAGCCUAUGUUGCUCAAGUGACUGGCGUGGCCAACAACAAGAUUGUCUCGAAGGUCAAGCGACUUGGUGGUGGCUUUGGUGGUAAAGAAACACGAUCAAUACAAUUGGCUUGCAUUGUUGCGACUGCCGCCAACAAGACCAGACGACCAGUAAGGUGCAUGCUCAACCGUGACGAAGACAUCAUGACCUCUGGUCAGAGACAUCCUUUCCUUGGUGUUUGGAAGGUAGGUGUUAACAAGGACGGCAAGAUACAAGCCCUCAAAGCAAGCGUCUUCAACAACGGUGGUUGGUCUCAAGAUCUGUCCGCAGCUGUUGUUGAUCGUGGUCUGUCGCAUAUCGAUGGUGUUUACAAUAUUCCGAAUGUCGAUGUUGAAGGACGUAUUUGCAAGACGAACACUGUCUCGAAUUCUGCAUUCCGUGGCUUUGGUGGUCCUCAGGGUAUGUUUAUUGCAGAGACAUACAUGUCUGAGGUAGCCGAUCGUCUUGGGAUGCCUGUUGAGAAGCUUCGAGAAGUCAACAUGUACAAAUCUGGCGAGGAAACACAUUUUCAUCAAGAACUUGAGGACUGGCAUGUGCCACUGAUGUGGAAGCAAGUCAAGUCUGAAUUCAACUACGAUGAGAAACGUGCAGAAAUUGAGAAGUUUAAUGCUGAGCACAAAUGGCAGAAGAAAGGAUUAGCACUCAUUCCGACCAAGUUCGGCAUCUCUUUCACAGCUCUUUUCCUCAACCAAGCAGGAGCUUUGAUCCAUAUCUAUCACGACGGCUCUAUUCUUGUUGCUCAUGGUGGAACUGAAAUGGGCCAAGGUCUUCACACGAAGAUCUGCAUGAUUGUUGCUGAAGCUCUGCAAGUACCUCUAUCAGAAGUCCACAUUUCAGAAACAGCCACGAAUACUGUCGCCAACACGUCAUCGACCGCUGCUUCAGCUUCCUCUGAUCUGAAUGGCUAUGCAGCCUACAACGCUUGCGUGCAACUCAACGAGCGCUUGAAGCCGUACAGAGAAAAGUUUGGACCAGAUGCGACGAUGAAGCAGCUUGCCCAUGCAGCAUAUUUUGACCGAGUCAACCUGUCAGCAAAUGGCUUCUAUAGAACACCUGAAAUAGGCUACAUUUGGGGUCCAAAUCCUCCCGACCCAAGCAAGGAAAACACUGGCAAGAUGUUCUUCUACUUCACGCAAGGUGUGGCUGCAGCCGAAGUUUUGAUAGACAGCUUGACUGGCGAUUGGACGCCACUACGCACAGACAUCAAGAUGGAUGUCGGUCGUUCUAUCAAUCCUGCCAUUGAUUAUGGUCAGAUCGAGGGUGCUUAUGUUCAAGGCCAAGGUCUGUUCACAACCGAAGAAUCUCUGUGGCAUCGUGCCUCAGGCCAGAUCUUCACUCGUGGUCCAGGUGCAUACAAGAUUCCAGGCUUCAGAGAUAUCCCACAAGAGUUCAAUGUGAGUCUUCUCAAGGACGUGGAAUGGAAGAACCUCCGCACGAUCCAGCGCAGUCGAGGUGUCGGUGAACCACCGCUGUUCAUGGGUAGCGUUGUGUUCUUUGCGAUCAGAGAUGCGCUAAAGUAUGUGCGCAAGCAAUGGGGUAACGAUGAGAUUGUGUGCUUGAGAAGUCCUGCCACGCCAGAAAGGAUUAGAAUUGAAUGUGCUGCUGAUCCUAUCCUCAAACGUGGUCACGUUGAGCCCAAGGAGGGCGAGAAGAGUUUCUUUAUUCAUAUAUAA